CUGGAAUGACUAUACAAAACUAAUCGCAAGUAAGACAUAUGCCCGACAGAUUCAUUGGAAGAAUCAUGAUUCAUGGCUACAAUAGCUUAAGAAUACGUACCUCAGUAUAAUGAACUUUUACAUGUUUUGUGGCUGACAUGAAGACUGUGACAUACAGCACUAAAUAUGUUUCCACUCCAGCGUUCGAAGAUGUCUUAGAUGUCAUUGGCUCCAGAGGAAAGUUUCAGAAGAGGCUGAAUAUCAUUUACUUGUGUGUUGGUCCAUGCUUCACUGUGAUGUGCGCCCUUGUGUACCAUCUUGCAGUGCAAACUCCUGAUCACUGGUGUCACGUUCCAGGCAGGGAUCAGACUAACCUUUCAGCUGCUGAGUGGAAGACCAUUACAAUUCCCAGUGUUAACGGAACAUUCGACAAGUGUAGGAUGUACAACUUAACUGAAAUGCAUAAUGAGACCAAUUUGUCAACAACACACUGCCUUUACGGCUGGGACUACGAUGACACCUGGUUCUCCCUGACGCUGCCGUCGCAGAUGAACUGGGUGUGCGACGAGGCGUACGUCGUUAACGACGCCAUGUUCUACAUCGAAAAUAUUGGUGUACUGCUGCUUCUAUUCAAUGGAUACGUCGGCGACACGUAA